AUGUAUACGAAACCAAACGAUUUACAGCGUACGACGAUGGGCAGCGAACUUGCCGGCGUAGUCUCCAGAGAUCUAGAAGAUGACUCCCAGGAGGAACAAGGGCCGACAAAUCUGCCCGAGAUCCCACAGUUGCGAUUCAUCUAUGUAGGCUUUGAAAAUUUCCAUGGCUUCAGCCGGUUAGUUGAAUUGCACAUCCAGGGCAACUGCCUCACAGUUGAGUCUUUGUCAAAGCUCGCAGAGGCAAUCCGACUUAGCUCGGAAGACCUGCGCGAACUUGAUUUGUCAGAAAAUCUGAUUGAGGUUGUUACGGCUGAUCAGCUGGUUAAGUGGAAGAUUUCCCUAGACUUUUUCGAGAAUUGCUAUAUGCUCAAGAGACUUGACUUUAGUGAAGAUAGACCUGCCGGCAUGGAGACUCUCGUUGAGGCCUACCUCAGCAGUGAGCUUCAUUUUGAUCCAGGCCAAAAUGGGAUUCCUUCUGAGCUUUACGCUGUGCAUUCAGAGGAUCCUGAUAGUGACGACCAAGACGGCGACGACGACGAAGAUUCAGGAAUCGGAAUCAACAGCGACCACAGAACAUACCCACCCAAGCCCAGGUCCAAAUAA